AUGGUUGAUCAGAGUGCUGCUCUCUGCGGCGUGGCAGCUGCGUUUGUGGCCUUGUCCAGCAUUUCAGUCGCCCUUCGCUGUUAUGUGCGGCUGCGUAUUGUCAAGGCCUUUGGCUGGGAUGACUUUGUCAUGAUACUUGCAUUACUAUUCUACAUCAUGCUCUGUGGGUGCAUGAUCGGUGCGUAUGUCUGGGGCACAGGGAAGCAUCUGUCAGAGUUGACUCGCAAGCAGCGAAGCAACGCAAUGGUAUACUGGUUUUUCGGUGAUCUUUUCUACGCCAUCUCAUCAGUCCUGGCCAAAAUGUCUGUGUGUAUAUUUCUUCUCCGUGUCAUGGUGUCCUCAUUGCAUAGGAGGGUGCUGUACGGAGCAACAGCGCUCGUGGUCACCAGCGGCAUCGUCUUUUUCAUCCUUAUGAUGGUCCAAUGCUCGCCCAUCUCCUUCUGGUGGAGGCAUAUCGAAGGAGAUACGGAUGGAAAGUGCACCACCGUCAACACUAUCGGGAUCAUGCUAUACGUCUUCAGCGUAACAUCAGCGCUAUUUGAUAUGACUGUGGGCUUGCUCCCUAUUAUCCUUGUUCGUGGCCUGCAGAUGAGUCGAAAGACGAAGAUUGCUGCUGCGGGCCUUUUAGGACUUGCGUGCAUUGCGAGUGUUGCCAUCAUCAUCCGAAUUCCCUUUGUCACGAUAAUUCACGAUAAGGGUUUCCUAUCCUCCGCCCCUCUGAAAGGUACUAACAACCCGAAGAUAGCAGUCUGGUCCUGCAUCGAAACUGGUCUCUCAAUAACAGCCGGCUCCCUCGCAACCCUCCGACCACUCUUCCGCACGUUCUCCACAAACUCACACCAGAUCCAUUUAACCCCGCCACCUUGGACAGCGACCUCGGGAUCGGACGAAACAGGAACCCCGCAGCACUGA